AUGUCAGCUUUCGGUCAACCGAAUCAAAAUAAUAAUAGUGGUAAUCCAACACCAACUUUCCUGUUUGGACAACCUGCUUCAAACACAGCCAAUGAAAAUAAGCCAUCUGCAUUUGGAGGAUUCUCAGCUCUGAAUAGUGCCAAUAAUAGUGGAAGAAGUACACCUGCUCCAGCUUUUUCAUUUGGUGGUGCUGCCACUGCAUCUACUAAUGCUCCAACUUCAAAUACAGCCAAUACAACGACAGGAGGGGGAUUCUCAUUUGGUGCAUCUCAACCUUCUGGUGGAUCAAUAUUUGGGGCUAAACCAGCCACAGCUUCAGGAACAGCUUCACCAUUCGGAGCACCAACUCCUGCUCCUGCUGCAUCUACUUCAGGAGGAUUAUUCGGUAAUAAACCAACUUUAAAUGCUCCUUCAGCGUUUGGAGCUCCAAAGGCCGAUCUGCCCGCUCCAACUGGUGGAUCAUUAUUCGGAAGUGCUAAUAAUUCAACAGGUGGAUUAUUCGGUGCAAAAUCGAAUGAAAUUGGAAAACCAGCUAGUCCAUUUGGUGCUCCAGCUCCAACCACAACUUCUAAUACAACAACUGGUGGUGGAUUUUCAUUUGGUGGCAAUGCUGCUUCAACCGCUGACAAACCUGCUGGUGGUUUAUUUAGUUCUGGUUCAACUACUCCAGCUCCAGCAGCUCCUACAACUGGUUUUGGUUUUGGUGGCGCUGCAACUUUAAGCACAACAGACAAACCUGCAGGUGGAUUAUUUGGUUCCGCUGCUCCAUCUACUAAUGCUUCAACUUCAGGAUUCUCAUUCGGUGGUGCUAAACCAGCCGAACCUGCUACCUCAACUACUACCGAUAAACCAGCUCCUCCUGCCCUUUCAUUUGGAAGUACUAAUAACUCUUCAACCUCAGGAUUAUUCGGUAAGAAGGAUGGAACUUCUACCCCAACUACUCUUUCAUUCGGUGCUGCUAAACCAGAAGAACCAAAGAAAGAUGGUGGAUUAUUUGGAAGUUCUUCAGCAACGACCGCAGUUCCUAGUGGAUUUUCAUUAGGUGGUGCUGCCAAAACUGAUUCUAUUACACCACCUCCUAGUUCAGGUGGAUUAUUUGGAAGUUCAACUGCUAAAAAGGACGAUCCAGCUCCAACUUCUGGACUUUCAUUUGGUGCUCCUAAACCAGCUACUAGUGGUGGAUUUUCAUUUGGUGCUCCUAAAGAAGCUGAAAAACCUGCAUCAACUGGUUUUUCAUUUGGGGCCAAGAAAGAUGAUGCUCCAGCAGCUACUACUAAACCAACUUUAGGUGGUUCAUUCUCUCUUGGAGGAAAUAAAGAUGAAACUUCAGCUCCAAAGCCAACUUUGGGUGGAGGAUUUUCUCUCGGUGGAAGUACUAAAAAGGAUGAACCUACCAAACCAAGUUUAGGAUUUUCACUUGGUGGAACUAGUAAAGAAGAACCAGCCAAAUUAGGAGGAUUUUCUCUUGGUGGAUCUACUACAACUGAUGACAAACCAGCAGCUGCUGCUACCAGUGGUGGUUUCUCAUUCGGAGCCAAAAAAGAUGAUAAACCAGCCACACCAGCUACAGGUGGAUUUUCAUUUGGUGGUGCUAAUAAAGAAGAAGAAAAGAAAGAUGCCACUACACCUGCAACCACUGCUGCUCCAACUAGUUGUGGACCCACAUCAGCUUCAACUACUUCCACAACUACAACUGCAACCACUACAGUUGCUCAACCUAAUUUAAAACCAACUAAAAUAGAACCAAUAGCCGUUUCGAUAGAUAACAAGACCUUGGAUGAUUUAAUAAUUAAAUGGUCUAAACAAUUGACUAGUACAUCUAAAGUGUUUGAUAGUUAUACAUCCAAAGUUAAAGAAUGGGAUGAACAAUUGGUUAGUAGUGGAGAUAAUAUAUUACAAUUAAAUCAAGAUACUUUAGAAGCUGAAUCAUUACAAAAUAAAAUUGAUCAACAUUUAUUGUUUGUGGAAAAUCAACAAGAUGAAUUAGAAAAAUUAUUACAUAAUUAUGAACAACAAGCUGAUAUUUUAUUGAAUAAUAUUGAACUAAACAAUAGUAGUCUGUUAAAUGCUGGACUUAUAACUGAUGGUUCUAGUAGUGGAAAUGCAGGAGAUAAUGGUAAUGCCAAUUCUAACUCUAAUAAUAAUACAACUGGUGGUAAUACUAACAGUAGUAAUACUACUAUUCAAGCUGCUGCUAGUACUUUAAGUGUUACUGAUAAAUUAAGAGAAAAAGCAUAUCAUGCGGCUGAAUUAUUAGAUGAAAGAAUUGAUAAUUUAACUGAUAAUUUAAGUACUUUGAUUAAUGAAGUUAAUUCUGUUAGUGAUGUAUUUACUAAGAAUUCGAUUAAUGAUUUUGCUAAUACUUCAAAUGAUCAAAAUGGUCAAUCCAAUAGCAUAAUCAAAUCAAAUUCAAAUAAUAGUACUGUUGCCAGUACUAAUAAUGGUAAUCCAAUUGAAGAGAUUGUUCAAUUGUUAAACUUGCAUUUAGAAAACUUGAAAUAUAUUGAGAAGGGAGAAGAAGAAUUAAAGGAAAAGCUUGCUAAAGUCAAUCGUACUAAGAAAUUGUCAUAUUAG